UCGAUGGCAAUCAGAUUGACAGUGAAUUUUGUGCCAUCCGGACCCAGUCUAAAUACAGUGAAGUGCAGUGUCCAGGAAAAAAUGAACUGGGAAAUUAAUAUUUCUUUCAUUUGUUUCCUGCUGAUGACAUUCUCUGGUACCACAAAUGGACGCAACAAUCGAGUCACAAUAAUCAGGAUGGUGACCACUACGUCGGUGUACACGAGUACGACGACGGCAGGUACCGUCUGCUUUAAGAUUACCUCCAAACCAGGUGACCCUCCAGUCACGCAGUGCCGCAAACGUCGACAGUUCUGGAUCGAAGAUCCGAUUUUCUUCUCAGCGCCGGAAGAGCAGCAACUGCUGGCUCAGUUUCACAUCCAGCCGACCAAAAUUCUCCAGGUUAAACCGACUGCGGUGCCACGUUUCAAGAGCAGCUUCCAACAUCCGGAAUUGGACGAUAAUUACGAUUCCGGAUCACUAACCAAUUUGGCACCGUCCCAAUCCCUAGAGUCUUCCUUUUACCUACCAGAAAGUGAUUUGGAUUACGACCACAUCAGGGUCUACUAUCCUCCACCGCCGCUAUUUCUCCGCCGAGUUUGGAACUAUGUCUCUGACGACAUGUACCGAUGGUUUGGCAAUCUCGGCACCAGCAGCACUACGAGAAGGACCAGGAGCACCGUCACCUUCACCAGGACCAAGACGCUGACGGAAAACGAGGUGACCACCAAGACCAACACGAUCGCCAUUUCCGGAUGCACUCCCAGUCCGCUGCCCUUCGAUGUCUGUGUCUAAAUUGAAUUUCUCUUUAACAGUCACCUCAUUAUUAACGAUCUAUAAAUUAAUUGGCCUGAAUUAAAUUAAACUAAAAUAAUAUAUUCACUAUCAAAUUGUUUCCUGUCAAAUAAUACAGCUAUUGCUAUACGAACAUUAUUUGCAA